CUCACUUAUCAUAUCAUCUAUAGUAACUGUGUCUAUAUAAUCUGUACAUAUAGAGACUGGCCGGGGUCUGAAUCUACUUUCGGUAAGAAAUUACAUCGUAUAAUAAGGUACAUUUUUUAUUUUUGAAUCACUCAACACAAUAUUAGUUGCCAAGUUUAGCAAGAACAUUUUUAUUUUUGGAACCCCAAACACACUUCUUGUUCAAAAAGAAAUUCAUCCAAUCUCAUCACUUCCAUAUUUCAUUAUUUUCAAGAAUGGACAUUUUUGGAAACUUAUAUUUUGAUCCACUUCCUCCUACAUCAAGUAUUUGUGAUUCUAAUGGUAGCUGUGGAAAAGCCAAUUCUUCUAAUGAAGAAGUGGUGUUAUUACUAGCUUCAAAUAACACAAAAAGACGUGGAGGUAGGAAGAAGCUUCGCGAAACUCGACACCCGGUUUAUAGGGGAGUGAGGUGGAGACAUUCAGAAAAGUGGGUUAGUGAAGUGAGAGUACCCGGUAAGAAAUCAAGAAUUUGGCUUGGCACCUUCCCAACUGCAGAAAUGGCAGCUAGAGCUCAUGACGUGGCGGUCAUGGCUCUUAAAGGCCGGUCAGCUUGUUUGAAUUUUGCAGACUCGGCCUGGAGGUUGCCAGUCCCUGCCUCAGCAGCCACCAAGGAUAUUCAAAUGGCGGCCGCUGAAGCAGCUGAGGCAUUUCGGUUGUCAAAAUUCACGGAAGGAGAAAACUCGGAGGAAGUUACCACUAAUGACCAAGUGAUCACACAGUAUAGUGUUGACUCGACUAAUUGGAGGUUGCCCACUCCUACUUCAGCGACUGCUAAGGACAUUCAGAAUGCAGCCGCUGAAGUAGCUGAGGCAUUUCGGCUGUCAGAAUCCUCGGAGGGAGAAAACUCCGAGGAAGUUAUCAUUGUUGACCAAGUCACACAAGACAUCGUCAUUGCCGAGUUACCGGACUAUAACAUGUUGUUCAUGGACGAGGAGGAGCUUUUCUACAUGCCGGGAUUACUUGCCAAUAUGGCCGAAGGGCUAAUGCUGCCACCUCCGCCUCCGCCUCAAUGUAUAGACGGAUAUGACGACUCAUAUCACAUGGAACCUGAUGAUAUUGACAUGUCUUUGUGGAGUUAUCGAAUUUAACCAAAUGUGUUAAGAGAUUUGAGUAGUUUAGCUCCCUAUAAAUACAUCAAAAAUGUAGGGUGUGUUUGGUACUAAGAAAAAUGUUCACCAAAAUAAGUAGGUUUCUGUACUUCGAUAGAAAAUGUUUUAAAAAACUUGGGCCAAUCGAACAUGAAAAAGAUAGAAAAACUCAUCCUUAACAUGAUGACAAACCCAGCGGUAACGGAAAAUGAACUUAUGAUAUGGAGUUGAGAGAUUCCUACUGCAA